AUGGACUUAAACCACCCAGAAGAGUGCUACUCCAAGAGCUCCAGCGAGGAAACCAGUGACCAUGAUCUGGUGGGAACUGGGAGAUCUUACGAGUGCAUCUUUUGCAAGAGAGGCUUCACCACAGCACAAGCCUUAGGUGGACACAUGAACAUACACAGAAAAGAAAGGGCCAACAAGACCAAACCCAGUUUCCCUCCUCCUCCUUCCACUUCUACCAAAGUUGACGGCAUCAACAACUAUGCAGAUCUCGUCUCCCAUUCCCAAACUCCAAGCCACUGCACUCCUCCUGAUGCUAAUAGCUUCGGUGAUGUUCGUUUUCCUGCCGCUGCACGAAGUGUUAGACCCUCCCAUGGUGAGGUUUUGUGUGCAGAAGAAAACCAACUGGGACUCGUGUUUGAGCAGGAUUGGAGGUUGAGAAAUUUCAACUUGUACACUAAUCCACCGUGCUUUCAUGAAAUCAAGGAUAAAUUUGAAGACAUUGAAGAGAAUGGUCUGGAUUUGGAGCUGAGGUUGGGUCAUCAUCCAUAG